AUGGCUGCCUCGAAGAAGAGGAGGACAAGUGAAGCGCCUCAGUCGACCACCCUGCACAAUUUCUUCGGUCGGCGGUCGGCCGUUCAAUCCAAGAAGCCACAAACCAAGCCGUCAAAGCCGAAGUUGUCCGAACCGAAAGCUAAAGGGAAGCAGAAGGAGCGACCCCCUCCCGAGGAUAUCAUUGUCAUAGACUCGGAUUCAGAUGUUGAGUUAUGCGAGGUCACUCAGAUACCAAGAGCGCAGCCGACCACAUCAGCCAGAGGGCGCGAUGUACUUGCGGAAGAGAAUAGCGGUGGCGGCAAGAGAGUCAAGCGAUCCAGGUCUCCAUCCAUAUCUUUCGUAAACGAGGAAGAAAGACCUGCUACCAGUGCCUCUCUCACUGUGCCUCUGACGUCGCAUACGCGCGGUGGCUCGCCUUUUGGCACGCCAAUACUUCUGCUUGGCAUCUCCAGCCCAACCUCCUCCGCUCCGGCUUCGUCGGACGUUCCCCCCUUCACAAAUUCCGCGACUUACGCCUCAGUGACAGACAGCUCAUCUAAUGAAUGCUCUUUGACCAUGUCUGGGUCGUCUUUCGGAACGCCAUCCGUUCUGACUACCCGUUGUAAAUCCUGUGGCAAUCGCUCUCCCACUCGACGUAGUCCGCACCAUUCGCCGGGCCCCGGCAGUUAUACGCCAUUUGGUUUCCCAGCUACUCUACUGCCUCCUUCGAGCCCUGCUUUGGGGAAGAGACUAGUUGAGGAACCAAGCGCGUCAGACAUCAGGAGCCCCAUCUCGCUGGUGGAAAUCAAUGCUCGAUCAGCCUCCUCUGUGCCUUCUUCAGCUCUGCGGAAUCGAAGUGAAGCUGACUGCCCGCCUGGCGUGCCACCGUGUAGUAGCACUUCGUCGGGGGUUGACCUCAUUAUGGAUUACUUCGAUAUAAACGAAGAAUGGGGCCUCGGCGACGACGAGGUGACCCUAUUGGAUCCAGAUCCAGAAGAAGGCGACAUUGACGACAUGGAAGAGGUGGACGUUGAAAUAGACGUAGACAUGCCAAGUGAACCCUCUGCCCCUCUCCGGCCAUUGUCUUCCCUGCGCACGCCACCAAACGUCCCAUCGUCAUCCAAACGUGAUAAACCUAACCCCAAGCUCAGCUCUGAUGCAUUCUCGGUGCUCAUGUCCUCCUACAAGGAGAACGAGGCCUGGAAAGAAGCGACGAUCGCCGAAGACCGCAACUUCCGGCCUACCAAGCAGAACGGCGGGCGGCGGAAGGCCCCUUUCUACAAGGUUCUCCAGGGAAUGCCCAUCGCGGUCGACGCAUUCAGAUACGGUUCAAUUCCGGGUGUCGAAGCGUAUUUCCUUACGUAG